AUGUCAAGUAAAGAAAGAACGGAACCUCAAUGGGUUACACCAUCGUCAAAUCAGGUAUCACAGCAAGUGCGUGUUUCACUCACCAUUUUCACCCAAUGCCACUAAAAAUGAAAAAAAACAGACACAUUUUCAAUGAAACAAAAAACUCAAAAAAAAAGCAUAAAGCUUUUUUUACCAAAGCUUUUAAAUGUGAACCUAACCUUUUGUAACCUAUAUUGGCGGGGAUCUUCAUCUCACCACCUGUUUUCGGCACGAGUUUGUUUAUUAUUUGUGUGUCCAACUACUAACUUCUUCUUCUUCUAUUUUUUUCUCAACAUUUUCAAUGUGUUGUUUAUUUUCACUAUUCUUUCAAACUAAUCUAUCCGCUUUAACAAAACAAAUGCACAAAAUACACACAUUUUUCUGGUUCAUGGGAGGAUUCAAAUUGGAAUCUGGGAAUUUUUGAUAUUAUUUUUAAGCAGCAUAACAUUGAUGAAGUUGAGCCAGGAUCUUUUUUUUUCAACUGAGAGUAUUCGAAUUUGAGAAUUAAUUUUUCAUUGAUUUUUUGCUGCUGAAAAAUGUGUAUCAAUUUCCCAACCGAACCCGAAAAAAAAUGAUUUUCAAAAAAAAUAACAUUUUGAAGUGGCCUGUUUUUCAAUCACACAAGAAUCUGCUUGUUUUGUUGUUUUAUGUGUGAUUAUUUUUGCAGGAUGUACCUCCAGAUUAUGAGACUAUAGGAACAAUAUUUGGUUAUGCACUUCAAGCAUUAUCAUGGCUACUUAUUAUACUUACAUUCCCAUUUUCAAUGUGUGUAUGUCUCAAGGUAAGCUAUUUUCUUUUGGGUUUUCAUAAAUUGUGCUUAUUAAAUUAAAUUAAAAUGAAUUCAAUUUAAUUCUCCGUGAAUAAAUGUCCAAGACUAAAUGAUUUAUCGGCCAAAAAGUGUGUUCGAAAUGUUCGCCUUUCACAAACCAAAUGAAGAAUAAUUGUUAUUUGCCAAGUUUUGGACUAGCCAAAAAAUUGAGCAAAAAAAAGAGAAGAGAAGAGGAAAAAUAAUGAUUUGUUAUUCAUUGGAGUAGAUUUUGAUUGGUUUUCAUUUUUUCGUUCGGUUUUUUCUUUGUGAAAGGGAAGGAAAGGGGAGAAAUGGAUAAACAGGAAAAUUAAAAUAGAAUGAAAUAUAGUUAAGUAAAGGAAUCUAGAAUACUGUAGAUAAUUUUAAAAAAUAUUGCUGAUUUUUUUGAGCCUGGAUGAUUAGUAAUUCUGAAGUAGAUGUAUGUGACGUUAAAGUUCAAAUUUCGGGAAACGGAAUUUUUUAUUAUCUUCAAAAAUGUAUGAAGAAUUUUAGAAACAACAUAUUUUACAAAGGAGUUUUUGAAUGGGGCCAUCUUUAAAUUUUUUUGCAAUUUGGAAACCCAAAAUAUCGACUUUUCAAUCUAAAGAGAUCCGAAGUGUUAAACUCGCAUCAUAAUUUUACGCGGAAAAAUCCUUUUUCUUUUAGGUGAUCCAAAUAACCAUAGAAAAAAAUGACCAUCUAAUUCCGAUACUAGAAAAAUGAAAGCCGAUUCAAAAUUUUCCGCUGUAAUUUUCAAAUUUAACUGUGAAAUCAAACUUGAAUUUAUUGCCUAACUUCAAAUAUUCUUUAUUCAUAAUCGCUUCUCAGCUCUGCAAAAAAGCCCAAUUUUCAGAAGGGCUACAUUAUCUUCAAAUGAAAAAUUAUACUUUGUCACGCAAUUUUUCCAUUGACAAUGAGUGUUUUUUCCUCCAAAUCAUUGCAAUUCCCAUCAAACUCUUUCAAAUCCCAAUUUCCAGGUUAUCAAAGAAUACGAAAGAGUUGUCAUAUUCCGAAUCGGUCGAUUGGUUUUCGGCGGAGCUCGAGGACCUGGUAUGAUUUUCAUCAUUCCAUGUAUCGAUACAUAUCGUAAAAUCGACCUUCGGUUAGUCAUUUUCCUCGUGUUUUUUUAAAAAUUUCUUCUUCUACCCCAAUUCAUCACGAGUUUACCCAAUUAUCCACUUUUCUAGUGUCGUGUCAUAUGCAGUACCUCCUCAAGAAAUUCUAUCCAAAGAUUCAGUAACAGUCUCUGUCGAUGCUGUCGUUUAUUUCCGAACAUCUGAUCCAAUCGCAUCAGUGAACAAUGUCGAUGAUGCGAUUUAUUCAACAAAACUGUUGGCUCAAACAACUUUGAGAAAUGCUCUUGGUUUGUUCAAGUUUUCUUCUUUUUUUGACAGAACAAAAAAAACCAGAAAAGAAGAAAGAGAUGAAUAAGCCUGACGUGUGUGCACACAAUUUGCCCAAAAAUUGUCCCAAGAGACAUAGUUUCUAUUCUCCGACGUUUUUUUUUGGUUGGGGAAGGGGCAUUUCUUGUUUAUCAGGAUUUUUUUGUGUGAAUGAAUGUAUGUGUGGGUUUCAGGAAGGAAAGGGGAUUUUUUGUUGAGAAUUGUGUUGAUUGUAUGGGUGAAGAAAAACGGAUGGCAAAGAUUAGAAAACACAUUGUGAACAACUUUUGCGAAAAUUAAGAAAUUGAAAAGUGUGCAAUCAAAUCAUUAAAAAAUAAACUUCAAAUCGAAAAUCCUCCCACCAAACAACUCCAAAAACACUACGGUAGAAGAAACACCAAAACCCGAAAAUUUUGCGAACUUUCCCGAAAAGUAUCAAAUUUCAAAGUACAUACAACAUGAAUCCAGCAAAUUCCAAUUUUUUCAGGUAUGAAAACUUUGACUGAAAUGUUAACGGAACGUGAAGCGAUCGCUCAACUUUGCGAGACAAUUCUCGACGAAGGAACUGAACAUUGGGGUGUUAAGGUAAAUGGGCACAACUAUUGAAUCAAUUCUUCAAUUAAAAUAUCCAAUUUCUGCAUGAUUUAUCAUAAAAAAUCACAUAAAAGUUUCUUGUUUUUAGGUAGAAAGAGUGGAAGUGAAAGAUAUCCGUCUUCCUCAACAAUUGACACGUGCUAUGGCGGCCGAAGCCGAAGCGGCUCGUGAAGCUCGUGCCAAAGUUGUUGCAGCUGAAGGAGAACAAAAAGCGUCAAGAGCUUUGAAAGAAGCCGCUGAUGUUAUUCAAGCCAAUCCUGUUGCUCUUCAAUUGAGACACUUGCAAGCGUUGAAUAGUAUUGCGUGAGUAGAACUUAUUUGGGAUUUUUCUGGAUAUUUAGGAUAGAUGAUUCCGAAAGAAGUACUAAUUUGAAGCUUUGGGGUUUUAGAUUGUUGGUGUCCUUAAAUAAUCAAAAUUUUCGCAAAUUUCAGAAAAAAAAACUUCUCUGAAGUUGAGUUAUUUUCAGAAAUUUGAAAUCUAACCCCAAUUUUUUCCAUCAAGCAAACAAAAUCAACAUUUUUCAGAGCUGAACACAAUUCAACAAUUGUAUUCCCAGUGCCGGUUGAAAUGUUUGGAGCUUUCAUGAAGAAGGAUCAAUAA